AUGACGCCACCUCCUCACCACCACCAAAACCAACCUUUCUAUGGAGCAGCGGGAACUUUCCCUGGUUCUGCCCACCACCAGCCUGCAGCAGCACUGCCCAUCGGCUCACAUAACCAGUUUAUUCCAUUACAGGUGACUAAGAAGCGAGUCUCAGCCAACAAGAAGAAACAGGAAACUCAAGAGUUCUACAGCGCCAGCCAAACCGUGGCCAAGCAUCAAUCACAGAAAGCCCAGAAGCAGCCCUCUGGCCAAUCACAGGCUCAAAGCGGUGACGUCAUCCCGCCACACCAACAUAGUACCAACAGCAUCCAACCAACCUCCUCUCCCAGUCCAGGUCUAGCGGACACUGUUUCUACGACGACGGCAGCCCCACACACGCCCGUUAGAAUCAGUGAGGUCAGUGUGUUUUUUUGCAAUAGUUACAACUUUUGGGCAUCAGACAUUGUCCCUGCUAUUUGCAUGAAGUAUGAAUUAAUAAACAAGUCUAGAAAAAAUAAUGGCAAACAGAUACUGAAGUGUAAAACUAGUAACAUUAAUUCAGCAAGAAAAAAGAAACCGAAACACAGAGGAUCUCGUGUGUUCUUCAGGCACGUCCAACAACACCACUGGUUCCUGACCCAGCCCAAGCUCUCUGAGAAGACGAGGAACAACUCCCCAAAAUCCUCAGCACGUAUGGAAAUUGGGAAGAAACCUCGGAAGAGGCAAUUCAAAGAGAGAUCCCCUCUACACGGACGGCUGGGCCUUACACAGGACCUUGAGGUGGGGAAAAAGUCCAGUAUCAGUACCAUAAGAUAG